UCUAUCUAGCACCAGUGUCAGGUUUCAGCGUCAUGCUGCAGCCCAGUGCUUUACUUUCCAGUCAACAGAACAUGCUGGUAGUAAUGACACCAGGAGAAACCACUGGUCAUCAUUUUUACUGGACAGGACAGUGUUUUAUGUUGCUGCUGUUGUCAUUUCAUUAAUGCAGAAUAAUGCUAGCUACCCACUUUGCAUUCUAUUUAUUUCCUAAUAGACAGAAGCCAAGCUGACUUAUUCACUUGUUUGACAAAGUGGAAGACCAAAUAGAAAAAAAGCCAAGGGAGAAAUGACAGUUUGCCUGUACAAUUGUCUAUCGGCUGCUGGGCUUCAGCGUCAUUAUUCAAGGUUCACCUUGAUGGGUGUUUACCGGGCAGCCCAACUUUCCACACUGAGCAUGGAGGACUACCCCCUCCUGGGAGUUUGCUCUAUGGAGGACAGAGCUCGCCUUUUCCAGCUGGUCCAACUGGUUAAAAGCCUUAAUCUAAGGAGCCUUAGAAAUGACGAUAUUGGGAUUUACAAUGAGUGUUAUUAUGAAGAAGACAAUGAGCUAUUUCCUGCUAAUAAUAGCGUCAGUCCUUAUGGAUAUGGAAACUCCAAUGGAGAUGUGAGAAGGGAUAAGAAUGAAAGUGGAGCUACUUCUAGUGCAUUCAGUGAUAGACCAUCACAUGUUCGCAGAAGGCUGGAUUUCUCUACUAAAAGCACAGAUCAGAGAUUGUGUUCUCAUUUUGAAGACACCAUUCAUGUCUAUGCAAGUCAUAACAGGAAUGAUGAUCCAGUUCACGAAAACGGAUCAGCCACACCCAUUCAACUGGGGCUUCACAGCAGAAAAACUGUGGUGUGUGACCUUCGACAAAGCAAAAGCAGUAAGCUAAAUGAGCGUAGCUGUUCAUGUGAUCCUCACAAUGUGCAAAACAUCAAGCUGCAGGUCACACGGGAAUCUUCAAUGCUCAACUCUCACAUCAGAUUAGUACCAAAGAGUGAGGCAUUCAACAAAUUGAAUGCUCCCCCAGCAGCAGUAACCUCGGAAUCAUUUAUUAACAAACUAUCAGCACAGAAAGACAGAAAGACAAUCUCCAGGAAGAAAAAGAGCGCUGCAGAUGAUACCAAGCCCACGCUUGUUUAUGAAGCAAAAAGAACAGCCAGCUACAACUAUGGAUUACCUCUGAGUUCUCCUCAGGCUGCAAAACAUGGGGAAGGACAACGGAUCAGCGUGUGUGUGAGGAAACGACCUUUAACUCGUGCAGAGUGCAAAAGAGGAGAGGUAGAUGUUGUGACCACUAAAAGUGGAGAGUGUAUGGCGGUUGUGCACGAAAGUAAAGAAGCUGUGGAUCUCACAGAGUACAUAUUACAGCACAGGUAUCAUUUCGACCAGGUUUUUGGAGAGGAGAGCUCCAAUGAAGAAGUCUAUCUGAAAACAGCAUACCCUUUGGUACAGCACAUGCUCAGUGGAGGCAAGGCCACCUGCUUUGCAUAUGGACAGACAGGCGCAGGAAAGACUCACACCAUGCUGGGUUCAUCCCCUGCUGGAACCGGCUUAUAUGCUCUAGCAGUUCAUGACAUUUUUGCUCACCUGUCUGCAACAAGCGCAUCUCUACUGGUUUAUGUCAGCUUCUUUGAAAUCUACUGCGGCCAGCUGUACGACUUGUUGGAACACAGGAAAAGGUUAUUUGCCAGGGAGGAUGGAAAGAAAGUGGUUCACAUUUCAGGUCUGCGGGACAUCCGAGUGGAUUCAGUCAGCUCACUGUUAGAGGUGAUUUCACAGGGAACAGCUGAGCGAACACAAGGGACAAGUGGCGUGAAUCCUCUUUCCUCUCGAUCCCAUGCCUUGCUUCAGAUUCAGCUCAGGAAUCUUAAUCAGCAGAUAGCUGGAAGAAUAUGGUUUGUGGACCUGGCAGGCAGUGAGAGGGCUUCAGAUGCCAAAGAACCAAACAAGCAGAGUCGGAUGGAGGGAGCUGAGAUCAACCAGAGCCUGCUGGCUCUGAAAGAAUGUAUCCGUUCACUUGACAAAGAGGAAUCUCACACUCCUUUCCGACAAAGCAAACUCACUCAGGUUUUAAAGGACUCAUUUGUUGGUGACUCGAAGACAUGCAUGAUUGCCAACAUUUCACCGGGUCACUCAGCAACAGAACACACACUGAAUACUCUGAGAUAUGCAGAUCGUGUGAAAGAGUUGAGAGGACAAAAUUGGCCAAUUGGAAGAAAAAGAAGCAGAAGCAACAUGACACGGUCUGACAACAGCAACACAGGGAACAGAAGAAAUGAUGGGACUUCUAAAAAUCCAAAGCUAGGAAAUCAGAACAAGAAUUUCAGUCCCAAAACACAUACAAGCCCACACAUAUCACAACCAGUUUUCUGCUCAACACCCACAAAAUCUUCUUGUUUAGAGGAAACUCAAUCAAGAAACAGAAAAGUCAUAGAACUUGAACAUAUUAGCCCAAUUAGAGGGUCGUUUGCACAGACUGAAGACAGAUGUUUGAGUAGAGGACUGGAGGUCAGACAGGAUGGGAGAACUGAAAAUGAAACGUACAGUGAUAUUCACAGUCACUGUGUUAAAGGGAAACAUACAAGAGCAGUGGAGAUUUUGGGACAACAAAACAAUGGAGCCGUUAAAGGGGGUGAUUUAACUUUUUCUGAAAGGGAAUCUGGAUUCUACCACAGGGAAAAGGAGAACUAUCAGCAGACUACGGAAGAGAGAAAGAGUGAGGAACCAGAAUGGACAGAAAUGAGAAGACCGGCUGUAAGCUGUAGAGACACAUGCAAGGAAGAAGAGGAGUUAAAAGAAAGAGAAUUACACAAAGUUGACGAAAAAGAGAAAGUGAAGCAUCUGAGAGAGUAUCAUCAGCAGCUGCAACAGUUUUCACCUUCACCAAUGUCUUCAUACGUCCAUCUUCUCUCAUCUUCAUCUUUCUCUUCCUCUUCUCGGGGAUCUCUGUCUUCCCUCCUGCACUCGUCUAACUUUUCAUUCUCUACCCAAACCGAUCCCUGUUUAGAAGAGACUUCAGGUGUGCAAACUGAAACCUCUGCAAACCACACUAUAAAUGUUGCUGAUGACGACAAGUGUGAAAAUGAGAGGAAGGUGAAGACUGAGGCAGCAGGUGAAGCAGCUGGGAGGAAGGAGGAGAAGAGGCUAGCUGGUAUGAAGGGGGGAUACUUGAGGGACUGUUGGAUGGGAAACACAGAAGUGGAGUCCAAACAAAUCCCAACAAAAACAGAGGCACGCCUGUCUGGUUGCCUUGAUUCAGAGGUCAAAAGGGAUGUGGAUCUGCAGAAACAGCAAACAACAGACAUAGCAUGGAGCCAUGAGCAGAAAGGAGUGUCUGACUACCACAGCAAAAAUCUUCAUCUGCAAUUUAAUGCACUUUCCCCAGUAUGUGAAAACAGCAGCAAACUGUCUCUUUUACCUCAAGUUGAUAUUUCUAAGGAUUCUUUAAGCUGCUUUAUGGAUCCUCUCAGCAUUUCCCAACCUCAUGUGGAGCAGCAGCGGCAGCCUGCUGGUCCACAUAAAGAAUUUUCCUUUUCUCCAUUGGAGCCGCCCCACUCAAAGAACCUCCAGAUGAAUAUGUCUGCUACAUAUGAUACUGCAACAGCAGCUGGUCACCAUGAGCAAAAGAAAUGCAUCACAAUCACUGUCAAUGGAAGAGGUACAGAUACACCUUACCCCAUCAAAGACCAAGGCAACAAGGAGAAAAAACUAUCAACUUCAGAAAAAAAUUUAACUGCAUCCAUAAUUAAAUCCCAGGCUUCAUCUUUAAUCAAAAGCACUGAGGAUUGUAGCUCUCAGUCUACACACUAUUCACUAGAAUGUACACAUAAUAUACACUCUAAAAUCGUACCCGACAUAUCUAAGCAACAUUCAGAGCCUCAAUAUGGCUCCUUGAACUCAGCACAGGCAAAUUAUUACAAUAUCUCAAGAGUUGCUGCUGAGCAGUUCAAACCUGCUGAGUUAGGUGGAGAGGAAAGCGGCAACCAGCAAAUCAAACCCACAAUCCAUCUGUUCACCAUGGACAGAUCGGACCACGCAAGGUUGCACAUUAUUGAGGUCCACUUGGAGCAGCUGAAACAGAUGGAAGCUAUUUGUCACAUAGAGGGGGAACUUCUUCGCCAGCAGCAUGAUAUGGUUUUUGUGGAAUUUGUCCACAAGCUGGAUGAGAUCCUGGAGAGAAAGGCUCAGUGUGUACACAGCAUGAAAGCUCAUCUGAGGCACUACCUGAAGACUAACCAUCACUCCACACAAGAAGAUUAGAAAAAUGCAAUUUUUCACAAGAACCCCCCCCCCAGCAUACUUUAAAAAUCCAGCAAGAAAAUUUAUUCCACUAUAAACUUGAAUGAUGAAGUUUAAAUUUAUUUAAACGAAUAAUACUAGGGACACAGCACAAGCAUGCACACACACAUACCUAAAGACAUGAAUUGAGAGACCAAUUAAUUUGAUCAAUGUAAUUAGAAUUGAAUUAACCUAAUAGUCAUGAUUCAGGACUGUGGGGAGAAGCUGGAGUACCCACAUCUCCAUGCAGUGAAAUCACAGGACAUUGUUGCUGCAAGUCAAUAGUGCUACAAAUUGGGUGACAGUGCAGCAUGAAAUUUCCUUGCUGCUAAAUAUUCCACAGUCAACUAGCAGUGGUAUUAUAACAAAGUGGAAGUGAUAGGACAGAACAGCAAGGCAGUUUUAUUUGCAUAGCCCAUUUUCAGCCACAAGGCAAGUUCUUUACAUUUUUAGAAGAAAAAUAAAACUACAAAAAAUUAAAAAACUCUUAUGUUUCAAAGUGAGGUAAAACGAUGACAAGUUGAAAACAGACUACACUUUAUUUUGUCCCAGGUAUUCUUUGAUUUCAGCUUUAAACAAAUUUCCGUUCCUUGUUUAAAGGAACUCGUUGCUUCAGCAUUAUUGCAGUUUUCUGGAAGUUUGUUCCAGAUUAGUGAAGCACAAAAAUUAAAUGUUGCUUUUUAAAUGUUUGGUUCUGAUUCUGGAGAUGCAGAGCAGACAUAAACCAGAAGACCUGAGUGUUCUGGAAGGUUGACAUAAUAAUAUUAGAUCUUUGUGCAGGACAUCAAGACAACAGGAGGAGGCACUUAAUUGAUGUAUAUAUUUUUUUCCUGUUUUUUUCUUUUUUGGGGUUGAGUUUGUAGAAUUGCAUCAUUUUCUCCAGCUGCAACCCAGUAACAAAGUGGUAGGCCUCUUGAAAUCACAGAACAGGGUCUGCCAAGGCUGAGGGACAUAGUGUGUGGAGGUCACAAACUUUCCGCAGGUUUAAUAGCCACAGUACUCCAAACUUUAUCUGAGGAGUGUAUAGUGAGCUUCACAGAGUGAGUUUCCAUUCCUGAGCUGCUGCAGCCAAGCCUUGCUUUACCAAGUGUAAAGUUUCCAAGACGGGGUCUCAUUCAACAUCAGUGUCUGACUGAAAAUGGUCAACAUUUCUAUAAACAUAUUCCUAACCCAAGUGGACACCCUGUCCCAGGACAGCUGUUAUAGUGGCAAAGACUGGGCCAAUAUUACAUUAAACCCUGCAGAUUAAGGAACUCACUCAGGUUUAGAUGUGUCUGAAGGCAGUGAAUAAUUUUGGUAAAUUUGUUUUAAAAUGUGUUCCACAAAACUUUGGCUGCUUUUUAUAAUGAAGUGUUAUUUACUAUUGUCUGUGGUCAUGUCAUCUCAGAUGUUCCUGAGCAUGUCUUGCUACAACUUAAUAUAAUUUUAAUUAAAAUGGACAAAACCUCAAACAUCUUCUUUGUCCAGAGUAGACCACCAAGGUGGUGUUUACAUUCUGUCAGUAUUUGGGACAUCAAGCAGAAUGAAAUCAUGUAUCAUGCUAAUAUGGAUAAUAGUAUUUUCCAAUAUUUAUUAUUUAUUUAUUUUUUACUAAUGUCUUUCAAGCUUCAAGCCAAGUUUCUGACUAAGAGGUUCAUCUGUUUUUGGUAGAAUAUCUUAUGCAAGAUGGGUUGAAGAUUUAAUUAAAAUUGUUUAUAUGGUGUCAGUGGUUUACAUUUGAAUAAAAAGUGCUUUAUAUUACAAGUGCUUUAUAUGAUAUAAGUAUAUAUAUAU